UUCUCUGGACUAGUGGAAUAUAUACUUCCAACUUUUUUUCUCUCCCUGGGACGUGACUUUGACCCACCCAAGAGUUGAAAAGCUGCAGGAGGCAGCAGGAGUCCUGAUGGCUGGAGCUUGGGGAGCCGCCUGUACAGGACACUGGCUCUAGGAGCCCACAGGGUCCCUUUCACCUGGAGACAUUCCACAGGACGUGUGCCCAUGAGGUCGUCGACGCUGGUCCUGCUCUUCCUGAUCAGCGUCCAGGCUGCAAUCAACAUGGGAGAGGACGCGCCCAGGCCGCCAGCACACCACCACCAGCCUCACCACCAACACCACCACAGCAGCGGUAACAGCCACCAGCAGCGGCGCAAGACGGCCCAGCAGUCGCAGUCCUCUUCCCAGCACCAGCCCCAGCACCAGCCCCAACCGCAGCCCCAGCCCCAGCCCCAGCCCCAGCCACAACCACAACCGCAGCCCAAACCCCAGCCCCAGCCUCAGUCCCACUCACAGUCCACCCAUUCCCAGGACGCUCAGCAUGACCUAAUCCCCACCGUGGACCCCAAACUCUUCAACAAGCGGCGCUACCGCUCACCCCGUGUGCUCUUCAGUGACAGCAUGCCACCGGAUGGCGAGCCGGUGGGCUUGGCGACUGAGCGGGGUCCGGGCCGGGGACAGAGGCAGGGACCGGGCCGAGGCGGGUGGGACCGUGGCCCGCGCAUACGGCGGCGGGUGGAGCAGUUCAUGAACCGCGGCGAGUACUCGGUGUGCGACAGCGAGGAACACUGGGUGGCCAACAUGACCCGUGCCACAGACAUGGCGGGCUACGAGGUGACGGUGCUGCCGGACGUUCGCAUCAACAACGUGGUGAAGAAGCAACUCUUUUUCGAGACCACGUGCCGCGUGUCCACCGCCAGGCCCAGUCCCGGUGGUGGUGGUGGUGGAGGGGGCAGAGGUAGAGGUGGGGGCAAAAACAGCAGAGGCGGGAGCAAGUCUGUUGCUUCAACCUCGGGCUGCCGGGGUAUCGACAGUCGCUACUGGAACUCCUAUUGCACCAACACGCACACCUACGUGCGGGCGCUCACCACCUUCAACAACCAGAUCGCCUGGCGGCUCAUUCGCAUCAACGCUGCCUGCGUGUGCGUGCUCAGCCGCAGGUCGUGGAGAGGCUGAGGUCUCUCACACCCCAUCACUCCCCCCAACCCCACCAACCAACUGCUGCAGCCUCCUUUUGACCUCUCAAACAGCCAUUCAUUCGCUGACACACCUGUCAAUCAUCACAGCCUUACUGCCAAUCAUCUGGCCCAGGACCAAUCCCAUUAAGCCGCCCACAUAUGCCUGUUUUACCCCACACCAUCCCAUUCCGCCCGUCCGCCCCUCCCCCCACACCCUACCUCACGCUGUAAAUUAUUGGUCUUUUUAAGUUAUGAGGACUGCAUGUCAUAUUUAUAUAGUUUAUACAGUCAAAAUAUAAAUAUAAUUCUAAAUAUAAAUAUAUAUAUAUGUGUAUAUACAGUAUGCUUCGAAGAAAUCCCGCUUUUUCUGUUGUGUUGUUGUUGAUGUUGAUACUGCUAUUUAUUAA